AUGUCAAACCAAACCGCCGAACAACCUCAUGGCAAGCCCAUUGAGACAGAUGUUCUCAUUAUUGGAGCCGGCCCAGCUGGUGCCAGUCUGGCAUGCUUUCUCGCAAGCUAUGGCGUAAAAGGCAUUCUGGUGAGUAGAGACAGCACAAGCGCUGAGACGCCACGUGCGCAUAUCACGAAUAUGGCCACAUUUGAAUGUUUCCGUGAUAUCGGGCUAGAGGAUAUCUUACGGAAUAUUUCUACCCCUAUCGACGAAACUGAUCACCUCUUGCGAUGGUGUCUAUCCAUGGCCGGCCGAGAACUAGCUCGCAGGUACACCCUCCAGUCAACACCUCAGAGAACAGGGGAGUAUAAAAUUGCCAGCCCUUGUGAGCAUAUGGACCUGCCACAAACCAGGCUAGAACCCGAGCUCGUUCGUUAUGCCACUUUGAAUGGAUUUCAGGUCCGCUGGGACACCGAGUUCCGAACGAUGGAACAGGGAGACUCAAGGGUGACUGUGGACCUUUUCGACAAGGUCACACAGCAAAUAUUUUCCGUCUCGGCAAAAUAUGUUUUUGGCGCCGACGGUGCCGGAUCUCGGGUCAUGAGACACCUCCAGGUGCCAAUGGAAGGAUUUCCGGCGACUCAAUGGGCCGUCAACGUGUUUCUCAAAGCGGAUCUUUCUCAUUUGAUGAAGAGCAGGCCAGCCGUGCUGAGCUGGGUGUUUCAGCCCCAUCGUGACCACGCCGAUUUCAACAUGGUAUGCAUCGUGCGCAGGGUUAAACAAUGGGAUGAAUGGGUUUUCUCUUUCCUUCCAACUCCGGGUGCCAGAGAAGAAAUUCUGUCUAAAGAGCAAUAUUUGGAAGAAAUCCAGCAGGUAAUUGGCGACGGUACACCCGUGGAUAUUACCCAUAUGAGUCGGUGGCGUAUCAAUGAGGCAUACGCAGCUCAUUUCUCGGUUGGUAGAGUAUUCUGCCUUGGGGAUGCCGUUCACCGCCACCCCCCUGCCAUGGGGUUGGGCUCAAACACGAGCGUUCAGGAUUCUUACAACCUUGCUUGGAAAGUAGCAUAUGUCCUGCAAAAUAAAGCAAGCCCACGUCUUCUUGAUAGCUAUUCGCUCGAAAGGCAACCUGUCGCAAAGCACAUGGUAACCCACACUAAUGAAGCACUCCGGCGUCACGUGCCUAUCUUCAAUAUCUUGGGAAUAAUUUCUCCCUCCGUUGCCGAACGACUCGAAGCUCUUUCGCUACUCAGCGCCAACACCGAGACAGCCGAGCAGCUCCGUACUGAAUUCCAAGGUGCCGCAGAUGCCUGUGCAGAGACUGAAUUGAACGGACUAGGGAUUGAGUUCAACCAGGAUUACAGCGAUAGUCCAGCAAUUUGCGCUGACACCAGCGAUAGUGCUCCUGGGAAGCCUGCGCUUGAAGAGAACCCAGAUCCCCUACGGUUUCACACCCGUACCACCAUCCCUGGUUGGAGGCUUCCACAUGUAUGGUUGAACAAGGCCAUCCCUGAGAACGAAAUAUCUACCAUUGACUUGGCGGGCAAGGGCAAAUUCGCGCUUUUCACGGGUAUCGGAGGUGGUGUUUGGAAAGAGGCAGCAUCCAAGCUCUCUGCCGAGUUAAAUGUAUCGAUCCGCACCAUUUCAAUUGGCUAUGGCCAGGAAUAUGAGGAUUUAUACGGCGACUGGGCUCGAAUUAGAGGAGUAGAGUCGUCAGGUGCGGUACUUGUUCGGCCCGACAACUUCGUCGCUUGGAGACAUGGCAAAGCAGAAGGCGACGAAAAAUGGGCUACAGAGAAACUAAGCUUGGUGAUGCGAAAAGUUCUUGCCCUAGACUAA